CACAGUACUUGCACCUUCUAUGGCUUUACAAAGGACCAGGACUCAUGCGAGAUAGGAUAAGAUGAUGAACACCUGGGUAGACCCCAUCUGGCUCUACCCUUUCAAGGGAAUUUACUACUUCAUCCGUCACCCAUAUUUCUGGCCUCUUUUCAAGGCCCGAAUGAUUCCCAUCUUGCUCCUUUCAGCCUUCAUAUACACCAAUCUGUUCGUAUGGACCUACUUGCCUCAGGUCGCCUUUCUCGCACUAUUUCAAGGGCCCGGAGCAUGGCUGAACGCCACCUUCCUGGUGCUGGGAGAAGGAGCCGCAAUUGUCGCAUUACUCUUUGAAGCCUUCUUUGUCGACGAAACACUUGUUGACACCUUCGAUGCCGUUCUCAUUGACCAAGGCCUCGCCGACCUAGUCAAGGAAGCCCGUCUCCUCGACCAAUCCGCCGAGAACUCAGUCCAGAUGCUUGGGAAGCCGACCAAUUCCUCAGUUUACAGUCCCUUCAGUCUUCGCCAAAUUCUGGAGUUUGUAAUCCUCCUGCCGGUCAAUUUCAUUCCAUUCGUGGGCGUUCCAAUAUUUUUAUUCCUUACUGGAUACAGAGCUGGACCCUUCCACCAUUGGAGGUAUUUUAAAUUACUUGGAUUUUCAAAGAAGGAUCGUACAGACUAUAUCAGAAAGAGACAGCUGAAGUAUACCUGGUUCGGUACUGUUGCAUUGGCUCUCCAGCUGAUUCCAGUCCUGAGCAUGUUCUUUCUGCUCACCUCGGCUGCUGGGAGUGCUUUGUGGGUGGCAUCCAUGGAGAAGGCUCGCAGGAGUCGAGAGGCUAUGACGCCUUCAGCUACGGAACAGUAUCAGGACGAUCCUGCCUAGCUUAGCAACAUGCCUCACAUUUUAUUGUGCAUUCCCC